AAGAUCGAGCCGAGUGCAAUCUCCUCGGGUGCGCGGCUCGAUGCCAUGCUUCGUGAGAUGGAAGACCUCUUCGCGGCUCGAUUUGCCCGCGGCGACAAGAAACGUGCCCAAGCACGUCUACGCAGCGGAGCGACCCACAAGAGCCAUCAUUUCAGUACCUUCAGGUCUGGACUACUUCUCGGCCUAGGAGUCCCU